AUGACAUCGCCAACGGCGUGUGCGGGGGGCCAGUGCGCUGCUCUGAGCCUUUGUCCUGAAGUUUUCGUAAAUGGCUGGAGGACAGCCAUUGUGUACUUUGUCAACCCUACUGCUGCUGCAGGGGAGAGUGGCCAUGGGCUUGGAGUGUUUCUUUUGUACACAAUCGACUGGGGAGAUUAUGCCUUGGUCCUACUACCGAAGUGUAGAACUUGUCUGUCUUUUGUUUUGUGGGUCUUUAGCCCCAAUCUGGAGUGUAAUGGAUAUGGGAGACAUAUCCGGGCAUUGUGGCGUGAUGGUAGUGGCUGGGGAUCGUUUUGCGACCACUGGGGUAGCUGUGGCGGGUGGAGAGGGGGUGCUGAGAUGCUGUAA